AAUAACAUUGUGUGACGAUAUGCAUUAUGUCCAUCACAGUUUGGGAAGCUACUUAGGCAUGAGGUUUCUGGUACUCCACUUCAUAUCCCAUUUGCUGGGCUUCACACGAUGCUCCCUAGUUUUCGACGAAACAAACCAAGAAGCGAUGAAGAAUAAGUACUGCUCUCGCGUCGGAGACUGCCCGCCCGGUACACAUGUCAUGUGCAUGUACGGAAAUAUGACAAUGAUGGGCCCUAGAUGUAGCGGUGGCCAAAGGCUUCCGCUUACUGAAGAUGAAAAAACAUACAUAUUAGAUCUAAUUAAUGAGUUAAGGCGACGUUUGGCUAAAGGCGAAGAAAGCUUUCCAAAGGCGUACGGCAUGAGAAAGCUGGUAAGCGAUUUUUUUUCACGGAACUCGACAGGUGUCAUGAGUAAAUAG